AUGGCUGUAGCAGCUGCUCAGAAGAACCGCGAAAUGUUCGCCAUCAAGAAAUCUUACAGCAUCGAGAAUGGCUACCCAUCACGCCGCCGUUCUCUUGUGGACGACGCUCGCUUCGAAACGUUGGUUGUCAAACAGACUAAACAAAGCGUGCUCGAAGAGGCUCGUGCCCGUGCCAAUGACUCUGGCUUGGAAUCCGAAUUUAUCCAAGACGCCGCUCACCUUGGCAAUGACGACACGACUCCAACUGUCGAAGAUAGCACUCAGCAAGACGAAACGAAGAAUGGCCACCUUGCUGAUGCAGAUAUCGGAGAUGACGCUACGAAAGCAGAUGAAGAUUAUACUCUCACCGAAGAGGAAGUUAUUCUGCAAAACGCCGCAAGCGAAAGUCCUGAAGCAGAGCAAGCUAUCCAACAAGCUGCCUUAUUACUUAGAAUGCGCGACGGAAUGGGCACACUGACUCGUAUCCUGAAGACCAUUGACAACUACAAGGGAUGCGUUGAACAUCUCGAAACUCGUCCCUCCCAAGUCUCCGGCAUCCAAUUCGAUGCUCUUGUGAAAGUCAGUAUGUCGCGCGUCAACCUGCUGCAGCUAAUUCGAUCCCUUCGCCAAUCAUCAUCAUUUGCUGGAGUCGACCUUAUUUCCGACAACAUUUCUACUAAAACCCCAUGGUUCCCUCGUCACGCUUCCGACCUCGACAACUGCAACCACCUUAUGACUAAGUAUGAACCCGAACUUGACAUGAACCAUCCCGGAUUUGCCGACAAGGAAUACAGAGAGCGCAGGAAGCAAAUCGCUGAGAUCGCCUUCGGUUACAAAUACGGCGACCCGAUCCCCUCUAUCACUUACACUGAGAGUGAGAAUGCUACAUGGCAGCGAGUUUUCAACACCGUAGCAGAUUUGAUGCCCAAACACGCUUGCAGAGAGUACAAGGCCGCCUUCGGAAAAUUGCAAGCGGCCGAUAUCUUUGUGCCCCACCGCAUUCCACAAUUAGAAGACGUCAGCAACUUCCUAAGGAAGCAUACCGGAUUUACACUCCGCCCUGCGGCUGGUCUAUUGACCGCACGUGACUUCCUGGCUUCUUUGGCAUUCCGUGUGUUCCAAUCCACCCAAUACGUUCGUCACAGCAACUCGCCCUUCCACACUCCCGAGCCUGACUGCAUCCAUGAACUCCUUGGACACAUUCCUCUCCUAGCCGACCCCAGCUUCGCCCAGUUUUCACAAGAAAUCGGACUUGCAUCACUAGGCGCUUCUGACUCCGAAAUCGAAAAGCUCUCAACUGUGUACUGGUUCACCGUCGAGUUCGGCCUUUGCAAGGAGAAUCAGCAGCUGAAAGCAUAUGGAGCCGCUCUCCUUUCUUCGAUUGGGGAACUUCUCCAUGCCCUCAGUGACAAACCCGAGCUUAGAACUUUUGAACCAGCUUCCACCUCUGUACAGCCUUACCAAGAUCAAGAAUAUCAGCCCAUCUAUUACGUAGCUGAAAGCUUCGAAGAUGCCAAAGAUAAAUUCAGACGCUGGGUGUCGACUAUGUCACGACCCUUCGAGGUCCGCUUCAAUCCACACACCGAGCGCGUUGAAGUUCUCGACUCUGUUGAUAAACUGGAAACAUUGAUCUGGCAGUUGAACACUGAGAUGCUGCAUCUUACCAACGCUGUCAAGAAGCUGCAGGGCUUGAACUUUGAAUAA